UGGUGGGCUACGGUGUGUCCGAGAGGGUAGCGGUUUCGUUUGUCACAACAUUAGUGCCGUGCGCAAGGUGGAACUGUGACGACAGGCUGACUAAACACGAAACUGACGCCAGGAAACUGCUAUAAAACUGUGACCCGUCAAAGCCAGGCAUUUGCAGGCUGCUUGCACCGCAGGACAAGAGCAUCCACACAUCUUUUUGAUCAGUUUCAUUCGGGCUUUAAGAACUGAACGAGGAGAAAUGGACUUCGACCUGCCGCCUUCAGUCCCUCUCGGUGGCAUUCCAUGGGAGAGGGUUCUCUCGCCGCUGAUCCCUCGGCUAAGCGGAACACAGGGUCCGUAUACCUGGGCACCAUCGGAGCAGCAGAUUCCCACCACGGAACACACUGGCUCUUCGCAGGUCGCUUGUGAUCGCAGUGGGUUUACCGUACAUGUUGACGUGAAGCACUUCUGCCCGGAGGAGCUCAUGGUGAAGGUGACAGGAGACUUUGUUGAGGUUCACGGAAAGCACGAGCAAAGAAAGGACGGGCCAGGCUUGGUGUCGCGGCAGUUUAACCGUCGGUACCGGAUCCCAGAGGGAGUGGACGUGGCCGCGCUGGAAUCCGCCGUGUCCCCAGAGGGCAUCCUGGUCAUCUGCGCCCCUCUGCUGCAAGGGGAAAGCUCCCGGCCUCUGCCUCACACUGGACCCUGAGCCUACGCCUCCAAAGGACGGACGGACGGGCUAGGAAACACGCCUUUAGAGACACUGUGACCCGACCCAGAGACUACCACAGAGCAAGAGCCCGAUCCGUUGCUGGCAAGCUGCUUGCGCAAACACAAUAACACACCACUCGGACUGUUACGUACA